CUUGUGAAUUUUAAAGAAAACAUCCGAUAAAAUAAUCAACUGGCUAUCCGGGCAAAAUGAAGGAUCAACGGAUAUCGAGCACGGUCUAUUUGAAUAUAACUUCAUAGAAAAACCGCGGUUUAAUUGUUCCGACCUCGAUACCGCGAUCGAUGUUAUGUUAUUUCUUUUUGACAGUUGGCAAAGUUAAAUUGCAGUAGUAAAAAUAUGUGUACGAAAUGUGUUCUAUAAGAUAAUACGUAAUAUAGAAUAAUAUGCAAUCGCGACUCGUUAUCUGAAAUAACGAGAACAAUCGUUGUAUGAAAUAAAAUGCAGUGUGCAGGUAAGAAUAUCCUUGGAAAUUCGUAACCUUCAAAAUUUUUUACCCGUACUGUCGUCAUUAUCGUCGAAGGUGAUGGUCGUCGAAAAUGGGGUCAAUCCCCAGUCGAUAUCGACGAAAACAAUGCAAUCGGGAUAAAGUUCCCCGCACUUAUUAUGAGCGGUCACUGGAGUCAAGAUGGCGAAGCUAAAAUGCGAAAUAUCGGCAGCACAGUUCAAAUAACACUGGAAGGUAAUAGGAGUGCAGCAACGAUUCGCGGUGGUCCGCUUGCAAACGACGUGUACGAGCUAUCGGAAGUGGUAUUUCGAUGGGGUUCGUCGAAUUGCAAAGGUGCGGAACACACGUUGAACGGCACUUGGUUCACGAUGGAGGCGCAAGCGAUACACUUUAAUAAAAGAUACGAGACGAUCGACAAUUGUUGGGACAAACACGACGGACUCGCGAUUUGCGCUUAUUUUCUGCAGGCCUAUCAAGUUCCAACUUGGGACGAACAUCCGUUGUUUUCCAAGAUCACGGACGACUUGCAUAAAGUUACACAGCCUGAUUCGUACAUAAAGUUAUCACCAAAUUGCUUGUGCUGGAUGAGACAGGCUUGUCAAACAGCCGGUUAUUACACGUACUUGGGCUCGAUCACCACCUUUCCGUUUCACGAAUGCGUUACUUGGAUCGUUUUCCCAGAGCCAGUGAGGAUUUCAGAAAAUCAGACGGAAUUGUUUCGUAUGAUACGCGACAAACAGGGCAUGUGUAUCAAGGAAAAUUGCCGAGAAGUACAAAAAUUAAGCGGUCGUGUAGUUUAUUAUGUCAAUUAAAAAUCAAAAGUAUUCGAUCGAUCACAACUAUUUAUUAAAUGAUUCCUCGUGUAGUAUUUUAGUGAUAUCUCAUCUGUAUAAUUCACGUAUGAUGAAUAAAAAUUUGAUAUAUAACUUGGUUGUAUCGAGAAUAUGCAACAUAAUUUAUAGUCCGUUGCCUCGUUC